AUGGAUCUGUCCAAAUAUACCGAGUGCCUCGCGCAAUGGCCCAGCCACCUGGCUCCUGGCCUGCCAACCAUCGGCGCGCUGCUCCUCCUCGCAGCUGGAGGGCUGACCGUCGCUUGCAAGGUCUGGUCGUUCGUACGGGUGCUUCUGAGCCUCUUCGUGCUUCCAGGCAAACCUCUACGCUCUUUCGGUCCUCCCGGUAGCUGGGCCGUCGUCACCGGUGCCUCCGACGGUCUCGGUAAGGAGUUUGCGCUGCAGCUGGCCCGUGCCAAAUUCAAUGUUGUACUGGUUUCGCGGACGGAAUCGAAACUGAUUGCCCUUGCGGAGGAAAUUAAACAACAAUUUCCGAAGGUGGAUACCAAGAUUCUAGCUAUGGACUUUUCGCGCAACGCAGAUGCGGACUACAAGGCGCUGGGAGCUCUGGUCUCCGAUCUGGAUGUUUCCAUCCUGAUCAACAAUGUCGGCCAGAGCCACUCAAUUCCUGUUCCGUUCGCCCAGACCCCCGCGGAUGAGAUGUCCAACAUCAUUAACAUCAACUGUCACGGUACCUUGCGUGUUACACAGCUCGUUGUCCCUGGUAUGACGCAGCGCCGUCGCGGUCUUGUCCUGACCAUGGGCUCAUUCGGUGGUCUCCUUCCUACCCCUCUUCUUGCCACUUACUCCGGCAGCAAGGCCUUCCUCCAGCAGUGGUCUACUGCCCUGGGAUCCGAACUUGCCCCAUAUGGGAUUGAUGUGGAGCUCGUCCAGGCCUAUCUGAUCACCUCCGCGAUGUCUAAGGUCCGCCGUGCUUCUGCGUCAAUUCCCACUCCUCGUGCCUUUGUCCGCGCUGUCCUCUCUAAGAUCGGCCGUCACGGCGGUUCCUCUGCAUAUGCCUAUAGCUCUUCCCCCUUCUGGAGCCAUGGUCUCAUGGCUUGGUUCCUGACUUCCGUUACAUCGCCCUACAAUAGCUUUGUGGUGUCGCAGAAUAAAUCCAUGCACGAGACCAUUCGCAAGCGUGCUCUCCGUAAGGCGGAGCGGGAGGCUCAGAAGAAGAGUACCUGA